AUGACUGAAAGAGAAUUCACUCUGAAACAUAUAUUCACUGAUGUUGAGAAAUUCGAGCAAAAUCAAGAUCUCUUUAGUCCAAAAAAAGAAAAUUUUGGAGUCAAAUGGAGUGAUUUAUUCAAAAAUAAUGGGGACGACUGGGAUAGUUGGGGUUGGUUCUAUUUUAUUGAAUGGAGAACUUUGGAAGAUGAAUAUCUGGAUGAUGGAAAAAUGGAAGUGGAACUUCAUGUGAAAAUAAAUAAAAUGUAUGGAUUUCCAAGAGAAGAAUUAAGAAGCUUUGGGGAGGAAAUGAAACAAUUCUCCGAUGUCACAUUGAAAGUAAAAGAGCGGAAAUUCUAUGUUUUGAAGUUGUACCUCUCCUCUCAUUCUCCAUAUUUUGCAACUUUAUUUUUGGGAAGAUUUCAAGAAUCUGAAAAAUCAGAAAUCGAAUUAAAAGAUGUCAAUCCUCAAGACUUCCAAUACUAUCUUGAAGUUCUACAUCUAGAAAAUGGAAUCGAUGAUGAUACUGUCCAAGGAAUUUUAUCAGUGGCUGAUAUGUUCGACACUCCUAAAAUUGUCAAAAAAUGUGAAGAAUUUUUGGUCAAGGAAUCAAAAAAGGGAUUGAAAGAAAAGUUGGAAAUGGCUGGAAGUUACAGGUUGGAAGAACUGAAAAAAAUGUGUCUGGAUCAAAUCAAAUCAAGAGCGGAUAUUAGUUCAGUUAUUUCAGAGGAUCCCAGUGAAAUGGAUCCAAAAAUUCUUGCAGAGCUUCUCAAAAAAGCACUUGUUUUCAAUUGA